CGCCUUGACCGAGGUGGGCGGAUACGUGCCUCCGCUGAUGCUGACGCUGCUGCUGGGUCUGACCGCGCUUGCUGCCGUGUGGGCCGAGCCGUCGGGACCCCUACACCAACACUUCAUCGUGCGCGUGCAGUACCCGAUCCACACGGUGCAUCACCACAAGAUCCACAAGGUGCCCGUGCACCACUACUUCCACGCGCUACACCACCACCACGUCCACCCGCUGGCUGUCCCAGUGCCGCCGCCUGCGCUUGUUGAGCAUCAGUACGUCCACUACUGAUGGCCCCCACAGGUGGCGAGAAACUUGGCCCCUCAUCUAG